CUGAUCAAAUCCUGAGUUUCCACGGCAACAGAGGAGGAGUUUGCACGUCGACCUGUGACCACAUCGGCGGAAAUGAGGAACUAGGAAGUCGAGUGCACGGCUGAUGUGGAAUACCACACAUUUGUUUAAGAUGCAUUAGUGUCGUCUACUGCAAUUUAUUCAUUUUCAUCCACCACAGAUGCAGAGAAUUGAUACCGAUUGGCAUAAGCGGUCAUCCCACAUGCCGUGGCGUCGCUAGCUGUGUUCGAGAAAGAUGCUUCAGAGGUGACCUGAGUUGGAGUGGGGUGAAUGUGUGGAGUGUUUGCGGAGUGUAACAACAUCAUUACCUGCUCUGUUAAUAGACGCAGUUUCUGAAAUGACAGAUAUGCUCUUCCCAUGCUUUUAAACAUAACUUUCCAUUUGUAUCUACUCUUGGUCGCUCAUUUCCUGUGAUUAGAAGCUAAACAAAAUGCCAAGGCCAAAUUGAAGUAAUAAACGUAUCAUUUCACACACCAAAAUCCAUAUUUUUACACUUGAAGUCAUCAUGUCAUUGGGCGAACAGUCACAGAAGUGGUUUCCAACUCAUGUCCAAGCCACUGUUCUUCAAGCCACAGACCUGCAACCAAAGGGCAAGAAUGGCACCAACGAUGCCUACACCAUUAUCCAGCUGGGCAAAGAGAAGUACUCCACAUCGGUGGCCGAGAAGACCCUCAGCCCAGUGUGGAAAGAAGAGGCUUCAUUUGAACUGCCAGGGCUGCUGAUGGAGAGCAAUCCAGAGGUUUAUGAGCUGUGCCUCACAGUCAUGCACAGGUCCCUGGUUGGAUUGGAUAAAUUUCUGGGCCAAAAAAUCAUCAACUUAAAUGAAAUAUUUGACAACAAGGAACGGCGAAAAACUGAUUGGUACUCGCUAGACUCCCGGCCAGGUAAGAAGAGGAAAGACCGAGGCAAGAUUCAAGUUAGCAUCCAGUUCAUGCGGAACAACAUGACCGCCAGCAUGUUCGAUUUGUCUAUGCGAGACAAACCCAGAUCGCCAUUCUCCAAGCUCAAGGAAAAGAUGAAGGGUCGCAAGCACGACGGUGCCUUUUCAGACACAUCUUCCGCCAUCCUUCCACACUCAGGACAGAGCGAGAUUGAUUCUCUGCCAUACCAGCACCCGCACCCUCAGGCUGCACCUGAACCCAAGCCAAAACGCUCGCUGCUCACUGGGACGCAGAAACUUUCUGCUGCUCACUCCAUGUCUGAUCUGAUAGGAACUCACUUCAGACCCAAACUCGACUCCAUGAACUCUAUUGAGGAGAAAGGGGUCGCUGCAUCUCACAGACACUCUCAGAGCGAUGGAUAUGGUUGCCCAACCAGCGACGUUCCAUGUGACCCCUUUUCCGACAUCGGAGACAACAUGCCCCAGAAAUUCGCCACUCUCCCACGCAACCGCAAUCCCUUCGAGGGAGAUCAGGGGAUGCUGUGGGGGGCAGAGAAGAAAGAGAAGAAGGAGAAGGUUGGUCUUCUGGGCAGAGUGACUGGGAAGAAAGAAGGAAAGAAAACGGCCGCUGGAAUGCGAAUAGGAAGCUCUGGAGACCUGCGAUCUCCAAACCCCUUUAGCAGUGAAACCUCAAGUGAAACCAACCCUUUCCUAUCACACUACAGAUCCAGUGACAACAUGAGAAAUCCCAGUAGCAAUGAGGACCUUACACAGAGAUUCAAAACCUCUCCCGGAAAGAAGCACGGCAUGAAAAGUGCACAUGAGUCUGAGGAUCUGCAGAAGAAUAUGGCGGCCUACAGCAAUCUCUCCUUUGAGGAAGUUGUGCAAGAACUCAUCAAGCAGAAAGAGGUGGUGAGAAAGAAAGAUGCUCAUAUUCGGCAGCUGGAAGACUACAUUGAUAACCUACUGGUCAGGGUAAUGGAAGAGACACCCAGCAUCCUGAGAACACCCUAUGAGCCCAAUAGAAAAGCUGGGAAGAUCUCAAAGAAGUAAAUGAUCUCAAA